AGAAAGCUUGGCACUUCGCAUUCAGCAUCUUAUUCUUGGCUUAUUUUCGACUCUUUCUCCGGUUUUUAGACGUUUUUCUUCCUAUUUUAUUAACAAUGGAGUGUCGAAAGAGGACAAAGAGUCGGGCUUCGGCUUACGAGGGCUUCAAAUCAGCCGAGAGGAGGGCACUGAAGCCUGCUAAAAUUUCAGACAGUUCCAUCUUCUGGUGGAUGCUGGCUGCGGCUCGGUUGUAUCUGGCAUCUGUGCAGACGGGUUACAUUCAUCCUGAUGAAUUUCACCAAAGUGUACAGGUCAUGGCUCGUGAUGUGCUUAACAUAGAUGCACAGAAGCCGUGGGAAUUCCACACUUCAACGCCCAUCCGGUCAGUCGCCUUCUCUGCCAUUGUGUCUCUGCCAUACUUGCUCAUCCGAUAUGUGACCGCUGUAGCCUCCUAUUUUGAAUUUGAGAUCCUGACGCCGCGAAUACUGCUGGUAGCCCCUCGGAUUUACAUGACUCUGCUGUCUUUUGUCGCGGAUUUCUGUGUUUACAGGAUAGCCAGGAUGUGCUAUAUUCGGCCGUGGCAAUGUGUCGAAGUGUUUGCUAGUUCGUACAUCAUGCUUGUGUAUGCAACAAGGACAUUUUCCAAUUCACUAGAGCUGAUUCUCAUUGCCAUCUUGUACUGGAGAGUAUGCGAGUCCAUGGUGGAGAGCGGUAAGGUUAUGAGGCAGGAGAAUAUCCUGAAGGACUUGUACGAGACAGCGGACUCCAUGCAGGAAAAAGUGAAGUUGACACGUCUGAAAACCAAGCUCCCACCUUACAACUUUAAGGACAGUGCCAUCAUCUCAGCAGUGGUGACCUUGGGGGUGUUCAUCCGGCCGACAUUCCUGGCCUUUUCCUUUGUUCCUGUGGCCUAUUGGCUCCAGAGGGGCGUUGUCACAAAGGAAGUGGACUUCUCUUACUUCCACCUGCGCUGCAUGAGCCUGCUGCCGGGUGUUGUGAUAGUUUUCCUAACUUGCAUGCUGGCUGACUCCUUCUACUAUGGCUCCCUCACCUUCACAGAGCUCGUUUUCUGGAAUGUGACAAGCAACUCCUUCACAGUGACGCCCAUCAAUUUUCUCAUGUACAACAUUAAGCAAGAGAACCUAGCCACUCAUGGACUCCACCCACAGUACCUCCACUUGGUCGUCAAUCUGCCCAUUCUGCAUGGUGUUCUUGGGGUCCUUGGGCUGUGGUCAGUGUCCAAGUAUGCAGCCAACUUAUUCCUCAACAAGAUUUCGAAGAAGCCCAAGGUGUACAGCGUGGCCACAAUGCUGCUCUUGAGCUUCAUCUUUCCUGUUAUGGCUCUCUCGCUGAUUCCGCACCAAGAGCCGAGGUUCCUGUUGCCAACUCUGAUUCCACUGGUCAUCCUGCACGCUGAUGACAUCUUCCUUUACUCGCCGAGCAGAAGGAGGCUCACCAAGCAUUUUAUAUUUGCCAUGUGGCAUGUGUGGAACAUCUUCUGUGUCAUUGUGUUUGGUUUCCUUCACCAGGGAGGUGUGACAAAGACCAUGUUCAAGGUGCAUGAGCACAUCCUGGAGCGGCCCGCACAUACAAACAUGCACAUUGUCUUCUCAAAUAUGUAUACUCCGCCGACGUUCUUGCUCCUGCGGCGUGUGAAUGUCAUUGCCAAGACCGAGGAAGGACGCAAGUACAGGAUUCCCAAGUCGGUGUUCACUUACAAUGCGGGCGGCUCUCGCUCGGUGAACGAUUUGCACGAGAUUGCUGCAGAGGUCUACGGUGAAGCCAUCACCAACUCUACCAAUGAGGCAGAUGUCUUGUUGUGCCUUCCUGCCAGCCUCACCCAGGAACUGUUUCGAUCGAAGCCUGAAAACGUGUCCCUGAUUCGCUUGCAGAGGGUCCGAGGCCACCUCACUCUGGAGGACCCACCCGACCUUAGCCUCAGGGAUGCCAACUUCACCCGGUCAUGCGGCCAACUCUGCCAGUUCCUCGACCGUCUCGACCAGUUCAGCAUCGACAUCAUCCGGAUGAAAUUUAACUCAGACUUUAUGAAGCCCAAGAAUCGGGUGUCAAAGGACCUGAUCAUGGAUGUUGAUACUCCUGCAUUCCCUCUUGAGGAAGAAGAAACGUGCAAGGAGGAGGAGGAAGAGGGGGAGGAGGAGAAGGUGGGGAAGUUGGUGGAGGAGGAAGAGGCAAGGAAGAUGGAGGAGGAGGCAGCAGCAGCAGAGGAUGAAGGGGGAUUCCAGGAAUUUGAGGAAUUUGAUGAAGAAGAGGAUGAGUGGCCACUUUGAGAAUAGGUCAAGUGAUGUAGAAAGACAUUAUUUUAGACAGUUUUAUGCAAAACAAAAAUGGAGAAUAGAGAUUCCACAGCAGAAUUCAUAAUUAUUCAUUCCAAUUCAUCUUGUAUUUUGUUGAUAAAUAUUUUUUAUCAAAUGCAAUCCAGAAUUUAGUAUACAUAUUAAAGUUUAAUUGCUAUGUACCAAAGAAAGCAAUAUGGCAUUAUUAUGCACAACACAGGCUUCACAAAAUCCAAGUGAAAUGAACAGAUGGUUUCAGAAAUUAACAGUAUCUGAACCUUUGUCUGAAAGCUUUAACAGAC